AUGACACAACCAUUAGAAGUAACAGAGUAUGACGUUAUCGUACUAGGAACGGGCUUUACAGAGUCACUACUUGCCGGGGCGUUGGCGCGUACUGGCAAGUCUGUCUUGCAUUUGGACGCCAACAGCCACUAUGGUGGAGGUUGGAGUGCACUCAAUUUCCGAGACCUUUUUGACUGGAUACAGAAUACGCAAGGUCCUGUCGCUGAUACAUUUGGGAGUAAUCAAGAAAGUAUUGAAGGGAGGCAAGCAUUAGCAAUAAAUGUAUCUCAAGCUCUUAAACAGGUCUAUCCAACGAUUGAGUACGAAAUCUUUCCUCUGAAUCAAGAAAAAGAUCAAAGUGCUUUAAUAAAUCCAACGGAAGAAAGUAUUCAAGAUGAAGAUCAGAAUACCCCGUCAGAUUUCAAUGCUCUAGCAAAAUAUUUACUCUCGUCCGACGAAUAUGAUCAUAAUGAAUCGAUUGGCAAACUAAUCAGCGAGCAAUUCAGAUCCAAAUUGUUAAUCAGAACUCGAGAAAACGAGGAUGCAAUCGCGAUGGAAUCAGCUCGACUUGUCCAAUUACUUCAAAUACACAAAGGAAGCAACAAUAUAACGGAGGACGCCAUUCGACACGUGUCCACCUGUCUAUCGAAUUUAGAGCAAAUUGAAACGCUCGCGGUUCUUUUGGGAGAAUCAAAGCGUUAUAAUUUGGAAUUGGCACCGAAAUUAAUGCCUUGUCGUGGUGAACUUGUCGAGUUGUUGAUUAGUUCGGGUGUUGGUAAAUAUUUGGACUUUAAGGCGGUUGAACAAACUUUUAUUUAUUUAGGAGCAGAUGAAUUUGAAAAGGUUCCGUGCUCUAAAGAAGACGUUUUUACUAGUCAAACGGUGUCUUUGGUUGAUAAGCGUAAAUUGAUGAAAUUUUUAACGUUUGCUUUAGAUUAUACAAACUCACCUGAAACUUAUGCGGGUUACGAGGAUAAAUCAUUCAAGGACUUCCUUAAAGAAAAGUUUCGGAUCGAGGGAAAAUUACUUGCAGUAAUAUUAUAUGCGAUAGCACUGAUAAAUUCACCGGGCGAAGAUGUGUAUACCAUGCAAGGUCUCAAAAAGACACAAGAAUAUCUUCGGUCGUUGGGUCGCUAUGGAAAUAAUGCAUUCUUGGUUGCUCUGUAUGGAGGUGGUAGUGAAAUUGCGCAAGGAUUUUGUCGUGUAUGCGCGGUGUACGGCGGAAUAUAUAUGCUAUCACAUUCCACAAAUCACUUACUAAUCGAAGAAAAUUCAAACAAGUUUAUUGGACUGAUGGACGCAAACGAGCAACAGCUUUCGUCUACGUAUCUAGUAUCUUCUAUCGAUUACUUACCUAGUCAUUACCUGGAAAGAGAAGAAUUGUGGGAAAAAACAUCACGUGCAAUAAUCAUAAUUGAUCAACCCAUUCACAAAGAUAGUGAUGCCACGAUAACUAUAUACCCGCCAGGGACCGUUAACAAUCCAUAUUCGAUUUAUGUUAUUCAAUUGACACAUGACACACAGACAUGUCCCGAGGAUCGUAGUGUUUUAUACAUGUUUACAAAAUCAAGUGAAAAAAAGAGUCCUAAAGAGGAUUUAUAUAAAGCUUUUGAAACAUUAGCUAAUAUUUCAAGAAAGCCUCAAAUUGCUCGACUACUGUUUGAGAAAAUGUAUCCGGGCGAGGAGUUCUUACCUCCUGGUCCUGAACUUGAUGAUGAAGGUGAAGAUUUCGAGGUUAAUUGA